GUUGGAGGCCCAUAAUGUCCCAGAACUCUCUGCGGGUGUCAACUGCACCUUUGAGGACCUGGCUGAGAUGAAUGGCUUGGUGGACGGAAACCGGAUCAAAUGCUUCUCCCCGGCUGAGAAAGAGAUGCCACGCAUUAUUGUUGACAAAGGUGACCACCAGAUUGUGCAGCUCUAUCUCAAGUCCAAGGAGACAGGCCUAGCAUUCGCGAAUACCAGUUUUGUUUUCUACAACUGUAGCGUGCACAAGUCGUGUCUGUCAUGUGUGAGUAGUCCUUACCAGUGCCACUGGUGUAAAUACAGGCAUGACUGUACCCACGAUCCUCGCACAUGUUCCUUCCAGGAGGGACGAGUCAAGAAGCCUGAGGGGUGUCCCCAGUUGCUGCCUGCAGAUAGGAUCCUGGUGCCAGUGAACGUGGUAAAGCCUAUCACCCUACGGGCAAAGAAUCUCCCCCAGCCUCAGUCUGGACAGAGGGGUUAUGAGUGUCUGCUGACCAUCCAAGGAAACGAGCACAGAGUUCCUGCCCUGCGCUUCAACAGCUCCUCAGUGCAGUGUCAAAACACAUCAUAUUUCUACGAUGGGAUGGAGAUGAGCAGUCUUCCCGUGGAGCUGACAGUCAUCUGGAACGGAGAUUUCAGCAUCGACAACCCCGCCCACAACAAAGUCCAUCUGUACAAGUGCGACGCUCAGCGUGGAAGCUGUGGCUUGUGUCUGAAGGCAGACCCGCUGUUUGGGUGCGUUUGGUGUAAAGGAGAGAACCGCUGUACCCUCAAGCAACACUGCCCCCACCCCGAGAACCAGUGGCUGGAGCACAAUGGCAUCAACAGCAAGUGCACCCACCCACGGAUCACACAGAUCACCCCCCUCCGGGGUCCCAGGGAGGGCGGCACCCUCGUGACUAUCCGUGGUGAGAACCUAGGACUGGAGUUCAGAGAGAUUCAGGAUAACGUGAAGGUGGCUGAAGUGGACUGCACCCCUAUAAGUGAGGGUUACAUCCCUGCUGAACAGAUUGUGUGUGAGAUGGGUAAAGCAGAGAAGAGCCAGUAUACUGGGAAUGUGCAGGUCUGUGUUGGGGUUGGAGAGUGCAGACCAGAAUUCAUGGCAAAGUCCUCCAAGUACUACUAUUUUGUGAUUCCAAGGAUUAUCAACCUCAAGCCCGGCCGAGGGCCUGUUUCUGGGGGAACCAUUGUCAACAUCACCGGCAGCCACCUUGAUGCUGGCAGCAAUGUGUCAAUCAUGUUUAAGGACCAGCCAUGCACUUAUCUGAGGAGGGGUGGCCAGUGGCUCACUUGCCGAACCCAUGCUUCUCUGCAUGGGUAUGGAAAUGUGUCUGUAUCUGUGAGCAUAGACAAGGCUCAUCUCCAGAAAGACCUGCGGUUUGAGUAUGUGGAAGAUCCCACCAUCACCAAGAUAGAGCCAGAGUGGAGCAUCUACAGUGGACAUACCCCAGUGACAGUGACAGGAACUAACCUGGACAUCAUUCAGACCCCACUCAUCAGAGCCAAAUAUAACAGCCAUGAGACACUCAAUUUGUGCCAGGUGCUCAGCCCUACAUCCAUGCUGUGCCAGGCCCCGGAGCUGUCCAUCAGUCUGGCCAGGCAGCAAGAGGUGCCGGAAAGACCUGAUGAGUUUGGCUUUAAACUGGACGAUGUGCAGGCACUGAUGGCACUCAACAACACCAACUUUAUCUACUACCCCAAUCCUGAGUUUGAACCACUCAGUGUGUCUGGGGUGCUGGAGCUUAAACCUGGAUCACCCAUUAUACUGAAGGGGCGGAACUUCCUCCCACCAACCAAUAGUGGUAAUGGAAAGCUGAACUACACAGUUCUGAUUGGCGAGAAGCCCUGCAUGUUAACAGUGUCAGAAACCCAGCUGCUCUGUGAGUCACCCAACCUGACAGGCCGACACAAGGUCCUGGCACGUGUGGGUGGUAUCGAGUUUUCCCCAGGCGUGGUUCACAUCACGUCCGACAGCCCCCUCAGCAGCACGGCGAUCAUUGGCAUUGCUGCAGCCGGUGCCCUGCUCAUACUCUUCAUCGUGGUGGUGCUCAUCGCCUAUAAGCGCAAGUCUCGUGAGAGUGACCUGACCUUGAAGAGGCUGCAGAUGCAGAUGGACAACCUCGAGUCACGUGUGGCUCUGGAGUGCAAAGAGGCUUUUGCAGAACUCCAGACAGACAUUCAUGAGCUGACCAGUGAUCUGGAUGGAGCAGGAAUCCCCUUCUUGGACUACAGGACCUACACUAUGAGGGUCCUCUUUCCAGGCAUCGAGGAACAUCCUGUACUGAGGGAUCUGGAGGUGCCAGGCUACCGCCAGGAGCAAGUAGAGAAGGGGCUGAAACUCUUUGGCCAGCUCAUUAACAACAAAGUCUACCUGCUGUGUUUUAUUCGCACUCUGGAGGCCCAGCGUGGUUUCUCCAUGAGGGACCGUGGCAACGUGGCCUCACUAAUCAUGACAGUGCUGCAGAGCAAGUUGGAGUACGCCACUGAUGUCCUAAAGCACCUGCUUUCUGACCUCAUAGACCGUAACCUUGAGAGCAAGAACCACCCAAAACUACUGCUUCGCAGGACUGAGUCUGUUGCAGAGAAAAUGCUGACCAACUGGUUUACGUUCCUGCUCUACAAGUUUCUAAAGGAGUGUGCAGGCGAACCUCUCUUCUCCCUGUUCUGUGCCAUCAAGCAGCAGAUGGAGAAAGGCCCCAUUGACUCCAUCACAGGAGAGGCACGCUAUUCGCUCAGUGAGGACAAGCUCAUCAGACAACAGAUUGACUACAAGACUCUGGUGGUGAACUGCAUCCAUCCAGAGAAUGAGAAAAGCCCAGAGAUCCAGGUGAAGGUGCUGAACUGUGAUACCAUCAGCCAGGUGAAGGAGAAGAUCCUGGAUGCCAUCUACAAGAACGUCCCACACUCCCACCGUCUAAAAGCCUCUGACAUGGACCUGGAAUGGCGUCAGGGUCGAGGACAGCGCAUGAUCCUGCAGGAUGAGGACGUCACCACUAAGAUCGAAGGUGACUGGAAGAGACUGAACAUGCUGGCCCAUUAUCAGGUAACUGAUAAUGCAGUUAUGGCCCUGGUUCCAAAGCAAGUUACAGCCUACAAUUCAGUAAACAACUCCACUGUGUCUCGAACUUCUGCAAGUAAAUAUGAGAACAUGAUCAAGUACACUGGAAGCCCUGACAGCCUGCGUUCCCGUACUCCUAUGAUCACUCCUGACCUGGAGAGCGGGGUCAAGGUUUGGCACCUGGUAAAGAACCAUGAGCACGGAGACCAGAAGGAGGGCGAUCGUGGCAGCAAGAUGGUAUCUGAGAUCUACCUGACACGACUUCUGGCUACCAAGGGUACAUUACAGAAGUUUGUGGAUGACCUGUUUGAGACCAUCUUCAGCACAGCCCAUCGAGGCAGUGCCCUGCCUCUGGCCAUCAAAUACAUGUUUGACUUCCUGGACGAGCAGGCCGACAAACACAACAUCCAUGACCCACAUGUCCGACACACAUGGAAGAGCAACUGCCUACCUCUGCGUUUCUGGGUGAAUGUGAUCAAGAACCCCCAGUUUGUGUUUGACAUACAUAAGAGCAGCAUCACGGAUGCCUGUCUGUCUGUGGUGGCCCAGACCUUCAUGGACUCCUGCUCCACCUCAGAACACCGCCUUGGGAAGGACUCACCCUCCAACAAGCUGCUUUAUGCCAAGGACAUUCCCAGCUAUAAGAGCUGGGUGGAGAGGUACUACUCAGACAUUAGUAAGAUGCAGGCAAUCAGCGACCAGGACAUGAAUGCCUAUUUGGCAGAACAGUCACGGAUGCACAUGAACGAGUUCAACACCAUGAGCUCUCUUAGUGAGAUAUACUCCUACGUGGGGAAAUACACUGAAGAGAUUGUGUGUGCACUGGAGCAGGACGAUGCAGCCAGGAAACAGAGGUUGGCCUUCAAGCUGGAGCAGGUGGUGGCCUUCAUGAGUCUAGAGAGCUGAGGACCGCACUUCCCAGGGCGCACUGGGAAGAGACCCCAUCAGAAACCGAGCCGUGCCUGAGCGAAGACCUGUCCCCAUCUUUUUCAUCAUGUGACUUCCUCCCCUCCACCUUUCAAAGAUGAUGACUUCUUCCUUGACCUUUUUUCAGCUUCCUCUUCACCAAGAAAUAUUGUUUUCCUCAUCCACUCUGCUGCAUAGACUAGUUUACCUGAAUAUAUCUGGAGGGUGGUUCGGGGCUGAGGUUGGCAUCUCCCACAGUGCAAUGUGUGGGAUCCCUCAGCUUCACCACAAGGAGAGCUUCAAGGGGUGAUUGCUUGAAAGCUGGCCAUAUUGGCAUACUUCGGUCCCCCUGCUGAAAGAAAAGGGGGGGGGGGGGAUGUUUUUAUGUUGCCUUCAAGAAUUUAUAAGUAAUUCUUUAAAACCCACAAUGUUGGGUGUCCAUUUUGUUGAGAACUUUUUUCAAAAAUAGGAUAGUUAAAAUAAAACCAUCUCUAGAGUCCAGUUUAUUGUAGUUCUAUAUUAUACAGAAUCAAGAGGAAACAUCGAACAUGAUGACUGCAAGCCAAAUGAACACCUCUGAAGAAAAUUAAUGCAAGGAUGGUUUGCCGAGUUUACACUGUACCUACAAGUGAAGCAUACAUAUCUGCGAAAUAUGGGUCGAGUCCAGGCAAACCUAGAAUGUUCUUGUGUUCUUUCAAUGUAGCUGGAGUUGUAUUUAAGAAAAAGACUGAUGGGGGUAGGGAAGGAUUAGUGCUUCUCUGAACUUUUCCUUUAUUGAAAUGUGACUGACACUGAAACUUUGCAAGAUUCGCACAUUUUUCCCUGGCCCAGCAUACAUUUCCUUCAAAGAAAAUGCUCAUGAUUUCUGCUUCCAUCUAGCUUAUGUGGCUACUGCAAAAUUAACCUAUUAGACAAAACCCUGGAGGCCCCGACCCAAGUUGGAUCCUCUGUAAGAAGCACACAACCAACUCUGGAAGACAGUGUUUUGACUGGUAAUCCAAACACCAGGAGCAGUCUUUGUCUGGCUCUCGCCACUUCCAAUCUUGUGUCGCCAUUGCGACGGUCUAUCAAAGCACACACAUACGCACAGAUUCUCACAAUCAGCAGCUGCCCAAGAUCCUGACUGCCCAGAUAUCUACGCCAACCCUGGAGGGGGUAAAGGGAAGAGCUGACUGAAAUGUACCGGGUAAGAAACUGCUUGAUCAUUAAAAAUAAGAAGAAUGAUUCAAUACAGUGUAGCCAGAGAUGGCUGACUGCUCCUUAACGGGGCCCUGUGUGAGAGUAGCACUUCUUUCCCAGGAUAUUCUUAUUUAAAGACUUUUGUGUGGAGAAAACAAACAAGAUGGACUUAGUCGGUCAGCCAAAAACCAAAGGAGCUUGAAAUAUUCAAAACGGUCAAAAAUGUAUUUGCAAAGUGCCACUGAGGAACUGACAAAAAAAGGACGAUGUAAAAGACAACCACUUCUAGGACAAAAAAAAAUAUUGUGACUGGAACUUUAAGAAACCUGUGUGAUUUUUCUGACCUCAGUGUGUCGAGGUGAGAGGCUCUGUGGGUGAGGUGAUCUGAUCCUCCUUUCUCUUUCCAUCGUCCCGGGUCUCUCCAGCUCUCGGCACACCGUUCACCCUUGUGUCCAGCUCCUGACUUACCAGUUUUCUUUUCUGUUUUGCACAAGCGUUGGAGAUGGUAGCUAGUUGCAUACGGCAAAACCCCAACUCUUGAGUGUGUAACUGUUGAGGCGCUCUUGUCUGUAUUAGUGUAGUUGUCCUCAGUGGCGGCAGGGGGCGGCCUUCUCCAAGCCUCAAAAAAAAGAAAAUAAAAGAAAAAAUCUGAUAAAGCAGUGCAGGAACAGAACAAGAAGUGAGAAUUGUGGCAGGAUAAACAGAAAAUCAUAGACAUUAACUAAGAUAAGACUUUAUGGAGAGAGUGAUUGAAAGAGAGAUGAUGGAGGCGCCCUCCGUACCUUUUGACCUCUGCCCUUUCUUUUGCCUUGACAACGUGCCCCAUGUGGUGAUGUGAAUGUGUGAAGACCGCCCUAGGUCCACCUUGGGUCCUUUAUUGGCUUUUUAAGCGCAUGUAAAACGUAAACAAUUUAAGAAACUUAUUUAAAAAAAAAAAAGUGAAAAAUAAGAAAAUUAAGCCUUGCAAUGAUGAUGUGGAUGUGUUCUUUUAUCUUUCUUUUGCUUGGAAGAAUCGAGAUGGAAAAAGUGGAUUGUUCAUGUAAUAAAAACUAUAACUUUCGUUUAAGGUGGAACCUUUAUCCAGUUCAGCCCUUACUGCAGAACCUCAUGCCCAUGGUUUUUGUGACGUGUUAGAUGCUAAAUAAAACAGAUAUUAUAUACCCUUGCAUGUUGACCUAUUUGGAUGGUAUGAAAUGGAACUGUCUUGCUCAAAGAUAUUUAUAAACUCCUACUACAUCUAGGGACUUCAAAGCCUUUUACAAGCCAAGUGUUAAUUUUAAGAUUAUGGAUCUCACAUAAAGACAACAUGAAUCCUGUUUUGAAUUUCUUGUCCUCUUUGCCGUGUCCUCCAUUAUAGGCCUCAGCGUCUCAGUUUUAGUACACUGAAGAUGCAAGUCAAGACUUGCUCUGUCUUUGCUGCUAUUUCAUCUUGUUUUGAGAUUUGUCUGCUGCAUUAUUAACUGCAGAUUGAUUAUUUCAUCAUCAUCAUUAUUCCAUAAAACAUUUUUUCCCCAUCAAUUGAGCCCAAAACAUGCAUAAACAAUUUGAGUGAUGAAGCCCUGUUUUUCAAUAACUAAAGAUGGGCCCAACCCAUUAAAACACACAGAUGUGGUUCGAUAAGGGUUCAUUUCAUAAAAAGCAACAAAAGACUGCAUCAGUGUGCCACCAUGUGUGUCACAUGUUACUAUCCCUUACACCUGGAAGAAACCAACAUGUAAUUUAUCAUACAGAUAAACAACUUUCUAACAAGACAGGCACAUUAGGCUUGAUAGUAGACUUAUGUGUAAGACUGAGUUUGGCAAAUGACGGUCUUGUAUGCGAGAUAUCCAAGUCAUUGUCCAUUAACUACUGUCUGCAGCUAUGCAGUAUGAUGAAUGUCUGUUGUUUCAACUUGGAGGGGUACAUUCACAAGGUGUCUGCCGGAAACGGUAUUUAGUAAACAUAUCCAACCUAUUCAUCCGUUAUUGGAAAAUGAGGGGAAUAAGGAUUGAUUUAACGACUAGACGAUUAAUUCAUGCAAGGCUGGCAUUAAUAUUGUAAGAAACGUACUACUGAAACACCUUUGGACAAUUUCAAAGAACCUCUGUCAUUCAUGUAGCCAAUGUAUACUCUGUCUAGAUACCGUAAGUUUCCCCUCACAGCCGCGUGUUAAUAAAUAACACAAGGCAAGAGUCCUGGACUGUUACUGUGAAUCUGCCCCCCAGUGUAACAUCCUGCCUUUCAUUUCUCCCUGCCCUGUCCCUUCCCCUGCAACAAAGGUUGUCUGCUAGUAGCCACCUUGUGUUGCCAAGAGCACAGAUAAAGUUUCCACCUUCAAACGUUUUGUAGGAACUAAAAAUAUCCUCCUAGCUCAGUGUUAUAGCAGGUGUUACAGAAACAUGCUAGAAGACUUUUACUAGACCAUAUUUGAAAGAUAAAGAGUAUCUUAUCGAGAGAUAAAAACGAAACCUGGGGGAUAUAAGGCGAGCUUCUCUAACUUUGUUAUAAUUAAUUGUAUACCUGUGUAUGUAAAUAUAAUGCAUUCCUAUUUUGCAGUCAAGAACAAAAUACUAUUUGUAAUAUAGAAUAAACUUUAUUAUGAAACCAA